ACACCAUUGUCCAGUGAAUUCAUUCAACACCCUGGAUAUUUUGAGGAAAAAGGCCUUAAAAUCUGCACGUGUACCUGCAGAUAAACUGUUUUAAAGCGUGUUUCGAUCACAAACUCAGGAGUUCAGAAGUUCAGGAGACAGUCUCAUCAGUGCAAAUAUGAAUAACAUAAAACAGUGCAGCACGCAGAUCGAUGGGAGAAGAUAAUACCGAGAACACCUUCACUCUGGGGAGUUGUAGAAAAUAAUCCUACCCAUUUGAAAAACAAAGAUGAGGCUGGUUCUGUAUUACGUGAUAGUGUUGGGGUCCAGUUAUGUCAUCUCAACUUAUGGGCCCCAUCAGAGAGCACAGAUGACUGGUGAUAUUUUGCUCGGAGGUCUUUUCCCCAUACACUUUGGAGUUGCAUCCAAAGACCAAGACCUCGCAGCCCGGCCUGAAUCCACAAAGUGUGUCAGGUUCAAUUUCCGUGGCUUUCGUUGGCUCCAGGCCAUGAUUUUUGCUAUUGAUGAGAUAAACAACAGCAGUACUCUCCUGCCCAACAUCACCCUGGGCUACAGGAUCUUUGACACAUGCAACACAGUGUCAAAAGCUCUGGAAGCUACGCUUAGUUUUGUGGCUCAAAAUAAGAUUGACUCCCUGAAUUUAGAUGAAUUUUGUAACUGCACCGAUCACAUCCCAGCAACCAUUGCAGUAGUAGGAGCAGCUGGAUCCGCAGUCUCCACAGCAGUCGCAAACCUACUGGGUCUUUUUUAUAUCCCUCAGAUCAGCUAUGCCUCUUCUAGUCGCCUCCUCAGCAACAAGAAUCAGUACAAGUCCUUCAUGAGAACCAUUCCUACAGAUGAGUACCAGGCCACAGCCAUGGCAGACAUCAUUGAGUAUUUCCAGUGGAACUGGGUCAUAGCCGUGGCUUCAGAUGACGACUAUGGACGUCCAGGAAUUGAAAAGUUUGAGAAGGAGAUGGAGGAGCGAGACAUCUGCAUUCACCUGAAUGAGCUCAUAUCUCAAUACUUUGAGGAUCAUGAAAUCCAAGCACUGGUUGACAGGAUCGAGAACUCCACAGCUAAAGUCAUAGUUGUGUUUGCCAGCGGCCCAGAUGUCGAGCCUUUGAUCAAAGAGAUGGUGAAGAGAAACAUCACAGAUCGUAUCUGGUUAGCCAGUGAAGCGUGGGCCAGCUCCUCUCUUAUUGCUAAACCAGAGUAUCUUGAUGUUGUGGCAGGUACCAUUGGCUUUGCUCUAAAGGCAGGACAUAUUCCUGGCUUUAAAGAUUUCUUACAGCAAGUCCAACCAAAGAAAGACAGUCAUAAUGAAUUUGUCAGGGAGUUUUGGGAGGAAACCUUCAACUGUUAUCUUGAGGACAGCCUGAGACAGCAAGAGAGUGAGAAUGACAGCACUAGUUUCAGGCCUUUGUGUACUGGUGAGGAAGACAUCACAAGUGUUGAGACCCCGUACCUGGACUACACACACCUUCGAAUCUCCUAUAAUGUGUAUGUUGCAGUUCAUUCUAUUGCACAGGCCCUGCAGGACAUACUCACCUGCACACCUGGCCACGGACUCUUUGCCAACAAUUCCUGUGCAGAUAUAAAGAAAAUGGAAGCAUGGCAGGUCCUGAAGCAGCUCAGACAUUUGAACUACACCAACAGUAUGGGGGAAAAGAUGCACUUUGAUGAGAACGCAGACCUGGCAGCAUACUACACCAUCAUAAACUGGCACAGGUCAGCUGAGGACGGCUCUGUGGUGUUUGAGGAGGUCGGAUACUACAACAUACACAUCAAGAGGGGAGCCAAGCUGUUCAUUGAUAAGACAAAGAUUUUGUGGAAUGGAUACAGUUCUGAGGUGCCUUUCUCUAACUGCAGUGAGGACUGUGAUCCUGGCACAAGAAAGGGGAUCAUAGACAGUAUGCCCACAUGCUGCUUUGAAUGCACUGAGUGCUCAGAUGGAGAGUACAGUUAUCAUAAAGAUGCCAGUGUUUGCACCAAAUGUCCAAAUAACUCUUGGUCCAAUGGGAACCACACAUUCUGCUUCCUGAAGGAAAUUGAGUUUCUCUCCUGGACAGAACCAUUUGGGAUAGCUUUGGCCAUAUGUGCAGUGCUUGGAGUUGUCUUAACAGCCUUUGUGAUGGGAGUCUUUGUCAGAUUUCGCAACACCCCAAUUGUGAAAGCCACAAACCGAGAACUGUCCUACGUCCUCCUGUUUUCACUCAUCUGUUGCUUCUCCAGCUCCCUCGUCUUCAUUGGAGAGCCCCAGGAUUGGACAUGCCGUUUACGCCAACCUGCCUUUGGGAUCAGUUUUGUUCUCUGUAUCUCCUGUAUCCUGGUGAAAACUAACAGAGUACUUUUGGUAUUUGAAGCCAAGAUCCCCACAAGCCUCCAUCGUAAAUGGUGGGGAUUAAACCUGCAGUUUCUGUUGGUGUUUCUUUGCACAUUUGUCCAAGUUAUGAUAUGUGUGGUCUGGCUUUACAACGCCCCUCCAUCCAGCUACAGGAAUCACGACAUCGAUGAGAUCAUUUUUAUCACCUGCAAUGAGGGAUCUGUGAUGGCUCUUGGGUUUCUUAUUGGCUACACAUGCCUCCUUGCAGCUAUAUGUUUCUUCUUUGCAUUUAAAUCACGGAAACUUCCAGAGAACUUUACAGAGGCCAAGUUCAUCACUUUUAGCAUGCUCAUAUUCUUUAUCGUUUGGAUCUCUUUCAUCCCUGCAUACUGUAGUACUUAUGGCAAGUUUGUUUCAGCUGUGGAGGUCAUUGCUAUUCUGGCAUCCAGCUUUGGGAUGCUGGCCUGUAUCUUCUUCAACAAGGUCUACAUCAUCCUCUUCAAGCCCUCCAGGAACACCAUCGAGGAAGUCCGAUGCAGCACUGCAGCCCACGCUUUCAAAGUGGCUGCCAAAGCUACGCUGAAACACAACACAGCUGCACGAAAAAAGUCCGGCAGCAUCGGCGGAUCCUCUGCCUCGACUCCGUCCUCAUCCAUUAGCCUCAAGACCAACGGCAACGACUGCGACAUGACUUCAGGAAAGCAUAUGCCAAGGGUGAGCUUUGGCAGUGGAACAGUUACCCUGUCCCUGAGCUUUGAGGAGUCGAGGAGAAGCUCCCUUAUGUGAUAGCCAUCAGAUCCUGACGCACAGAUGCACCCUAUAGUGGCAGUAUGAGACGCACAACACGGCGGCCUUUUUUUGACGCUCCAAGCAACUGCUGUAGUAUAAUGAGCGAGUGUCUGCAUAUGGUGUGCGGGAGGGAAGAUGGAUGAGUCAAACAAACUUUGGACUUUCAACCAGGAGACUGCUGUUUGUUUAUCAUGGAAAACUAAAUGUCAAUUAUUUUAAAAACACUGUAGUGUGCUAAUAUGUGUAGCAUGCUAGGCCAGUGAUGUAUGCCACAUGAUGUAUAUGACGUAUGACUCGUGACAUUACAUUAGUAACAAACUUACUUAUUUUAAGCCAAACCCUGUUGUUGUAUCUAAACCUCACCACACACUUUUGUUGCCUAAAUCUAAGGAAGUAAACCUAAAAACAACGUGUUUUACCUAAAUUCUAAGGUUAUUUUGUGGAGACCGCAUGCAUUUAUCAGGAGGGAACUACAUUUCCUGUGAAAACUGAUGUUCUUUUGAAAAGACAUAACAAGAGGAAAUUGACACACCAUCCCUGAUUAUCCAAAUCUGACGCUGGAGGGGUUCUUAUGCAUCAUAGUUUGAUGAUGUUGAUGAUGUUGCCACUGACUAAGCAUCUGUAUUUGAUGAGUUCGGAGUGAGAAUGUGUUUUCAUAGUAUAUGUGUGGAUGUACCAAACUUAAGCUUCAUCAGUCCGAUCACGAGGGUGUACUCUUGGACUUUAUGCUGAAAUGCAUAAUAGAUUUUUUCAUCUUCCUAUUUUCUAAAUAUUUUGUCUGAAAGAUGACCAGUAAUAUUCUGUACUUUACCUGACUCCUGUGACUGUUCUUAUUUUCAUCAUAACCCUGAUGUACACUAAGCCUGUUGAUAAGUUAAUAAGAUUUUGU